AUGCAUGAGCGCAUGAGCACGUGGUUCGCGGUCAGCUGCGCUCUGACGUCUGCAGCGCCCGCGGUCGGUCACGUGACUGGUGGACGCAGCAGCAUGGCUCUGCUCUUCAGCGAUGAGGAGAUCCAGCAGGCCUGGACCGAGCUGGACGAGCCGCAGCUCGACGGAGGAUGGGAGCUCUUCACCGAGACCAUGAACGUCAAAAUAUACCGACUUUACAACAAGGAAACGGGUCUGUACGAGUACAAAGUGUUCGGUUCUCUGACCGGCUGCGCUCCAGAUCUCUGCGCAGAUGUUUACAUGGAUCUGAGCUACAGGAGACAGUGGGACUCGUAUGUCAAAGUUCCUCCUGUUGCUGGUGGUCAAAUUCAAUCAGAUAUCGCAGAGCUGCACGAGAAGGACUACGGCGGACAGAAAGCCAUAUACUGGGAAGUGAAAUAUCCAUUACCUCUGUCCAACAGAGAUGUAUCCUACAAACACACUUCAUGCUCCGACAAAUACAGUGUGUGUGCGGGAAUAGACAGAUUCAUGUAAACUCUGACCAGUGUCUGAAAAUAACAUCUCUCCAUUUAUAAUAAUAUUUCAUUCAAAUAAGUCUAAUAA